AUGAUUUUCCGAACCGACUCACGAACCUCGAACCGACACUCCCCAACAACAACACUCUCCAACAACAAAAACAAAACACGCCGCCAUGGCACACUCGACACAUUCCCAAACCUAACAAUUCAUUCCACUAUACAGGCCGACGACGAGGACGAGGAGGAGAAGGAGAAGGAGACGACCCCUCCUGCUACCGACUCCAAGACCGACUCUGAGGAGUACUCGACCCUUUCUUCGCCCCUCAAGUACUUUGCCUUCCUUGCCAUCUUUGUCGUGGCCCCCGUUGGUGCUUACCUCUACUUCUACCGCGGCGGCCGCCAGCGUGUCAAGGCUUGGCUCAACAGUAAGGACUAUGAGAAGCUUGAGUCGAAGGCUUGA